AUGCUCAAAGAGCUCACGGGUCAAGCACAGGGCUACCUGGGCAAUCGCAAGCCCUUCAGCGCCGUGACCGACUGGAUCGAUCGUCUCUGCACGCAGCGAUAUGCCGAAGAAGAGUAUGAUGGUAUCCCCGAACUGGUCGAGGCCAUCAAUCUCCAAUCCACCGGUCCAUCUGAAGCGAGUCGCGCGCUUCGAAAAAAGCUCAAGUACUCCAACGUACACGGUCAAAAGCGUGCACUCAUUAUCCUCAAGGCUCUCGUCGAAAAUUGCGGUCAGCGCUUCCAGACAACGUUUGCCAAUGAUCAGCUCGUGGACCGUAUCAAGAUCAUGUCGCAGGACCAGCUGGUGGAUGCUUCUGUGCGUAGACUGCUGAUGCGUGUACUACUCUCCUGGCACCAACAAUUCAAGAAUGAUCCUUCCAUGAAGAUGGUCGCUGGCCUCUACGCCGCCUGUGGUGGAGGCAAGAAGUCCGAGGCGCAAAAAAAGAACGAAGCCGCCGAAGCGUACCGCAAAUUGCAGGAGAAGCAACGCAUCGAAGCUCAGAUUCGCAGCGACCGCAAGGCCGCCGAGCAGCUUCAGAAGGAAGAAGACAAGAAGAACAAGCUGCGAAGUAAAAAGGGCGUCAAACGACCCACGUUUAACUUUGAGCAGGAAAAGCCCGCCAUCUUGCAGUCGCUCGCCAUCUCGCAGCAGGUGGCCACUGCGCUCGUCAACGCGCUACAGCAUGUCAACCGCGAAAAGGAGAGCGUCACCCAAAACGCACGCGUGCAAGACUACCUGGUCAAGACCAAAGUGGAGCGCAAAAAAAUCAUUCGCUACGUGCAGCUGGUCAAGGAUGAAGAGUUUCUCGGCUCGCUCAUCUCUGCCAACGACCAGAUCAUCUUGGCGCUCGAACUGUACGAUCGUCUUUCCAAACCCGUCGAGCUCGAUUCAGAUGACGAAGAGCCGCUGGCUGCCAUCACGGGCUCGGCUCAGACUGCUGAGCAGAAAAACGCGGCACGCAUCGCAGCUGACGAUGCCGAGAUCGAGCUGGUGCGCAAGAGAAUCGCGGAUGCGCGUCUCAAUGCGCCCGAUAGCGAGUUGGAGAAGUUGCAAACUCGUCAGAGGGUGCGCAUCGAGCGUCACAAUUCGCGUGUCGGAAGCAUGCGCAGCUUUGAUAUGAGUCCACAACCUACCGGUGCUGGAUCGGCUCAGCGAAGCGCAGGCGGUGGAGCGAUGAACGACCUCAUCGACCUCGACUUCCAGGAGGAUCAGUCGGGCGGCUACCUUCACCCACAGGCGCAGCAGAGCGGCCAAACGCACACCCGACGAGCCACCAUGGCAAGCGAAGCCGCCGGCAGCAGUACCCAACACGGAGCUCUCUCCGACUACAGCGACUACGAAUCCGAAGACUCUGCCGACGAACACACGCAUCAAGCGCCCGGUCGUGCUCGCCAGCUUGCAGCGUCGUCAGCCCGACCCGAAAGAGGCUCGUGGUCCAACCUGAACGACUCGGAAGAGGAAGAAUGGCUGCGAACCACCCAAAACCACCGUCCCAACAUCGGUCCCGGAUUCAGCUGGAACGAGGACGAAGAAGCUGACGACGAUCCGUUUGCCGAUCCAUUUGCCGAUGCCGACAACGCCGCUGCCUCAGGAAGUGGAUGGGGCAUUGAGCGUCCACAGAAUCAGCCACGAAAAGAGUGGGGGGUGGUCUGA